AGAAGCACAGCUUUCCUCGUUUCCAGUCAGAUGAAAGACGACGCUGACACUCCCUCUCUCUCCCUCUUUCUCUCUCUCUCUCCGUCACACACACACACACACAUACACACCACAGCUAAAACAGCGACUUUUGCAAAGGGCACACAACAUUCUCAACAUAGUUUUUAGGUCGUCCAACCAUGAACCCGUCGGGCAGUCGCCCAUCCAGAUGGGGGAGGAACCCCUUCGUCCACAAUUUGAAAUUAAGCCUGGCAGACAAAAUAACGAUUGGACUGAUGUCUGUGACAGUGUUUCCAGUACGACUACUCAUGGUGUCCUUCUUCAUGCUGCUAGCCUGGCCCUUCGCCUUCGUGGCCUCGCUGGGACGCUCCGAGUUUGUGGUUGAGUCGCAGUCAUGGUGGAGAUGUUUAGUAGACCUAGCCCUGCGUGUCAUCAUGCGAGCCAUGUGGUUCUGCGGAGGCUUCCAUUGGAUUAAAGUGAAAGGGGAAAAGGCGGCGCCUUCGGAGGCCCCCAUCCUCACCGUGGCGCCACACUCCACCUACUUUGACGCCAUCCCGGUCACCUUCACCAUGUGCUCCAUUGUUACCAAACUGGAGAGUAGCAGUAUUCCGGUCUGGGGAACUUUGAUCAAUUACAUCAGACCGGUGUUUGUGUUCCGCUCGGAUCACGACUCCAGGAGACAAACUGUAGAGGAGAUCAAGAGGCGAGUGCAGUCUGGAGGGGAGUGGCCUCAGAUCAUGAUAUUUCCAGAGGGCACUUGCACCAACAGGUCCAGUCUCAUCUUAUUCAAGGCUGGUGCUUUCAUCCCGGGACUCCCAGUACAACCAGUAGUGUUACGGUACCAAAACAAACUGGAUACAGUUUCAUGGACAUGGCGAGGGCCCGGAGCGUUCAAGAUCCUUUGGCUCACUCUGUGCCAGCCUCAUAAUUCCAUGGAGGUAGAGUACCUGCCUGUGUAUACUCCAUCGGAUGAGGAGAAGGAAAACCCAUGUCUGUUUGCCAGUAAUGUCAGAAUAAUCAUGGCAAAAGCGUUAGAGUUGCCGCUCACAGAUCUGUCCUUCGAGGACCGAGAGAUCAGCUUUGCACAGGGGCCCCUGCGCGUCUACGACCCCAGCAGCCUGCUGGAGUUUAACCAGCUGGUUCGCCGCUUGGGGCAAAAGACUACAGAGAGUUUGUUAAAGGAGCAGGUCAGCAGAGUCAGGAAGCUGCGAGAACAUCAGCUGGGAUUGGAGGACUUGGCCCUCUUCCUUCAUGUGCCUGUUUCAAUUACACUCAAACAAGUCCUCAGCCUCUUUGGCCAGAACGAAGAGGGGCAGAUAGACAUCAGGCACUACGUUAUUGCCUUGUCUACUAUUCACCGACCAUCAAGGGCAAUGGAGACCCUCAAGAUGGCAUUUCAAAUGUACGAGAAUGAGGACAGCGGCCAAGUCCACGAGCAUGAACUUGCCGCCAUGUUGGAAAUAAUGCUGGGGGUGAAAGAAGUGGAGCUGUCCAUGGUGUUUAUGUCGCUUGAAGGGCCGGACACCGGCAAGAUCACAUACGAUGAACUUCGCCGUUUCGUAGCGGCGCAUCCACACUUCGUCCAGGACUACCUUGAUUUUAAAGACCACCCACGCCAUUUCUGCGUCCGCCCACGCAACACCUGCAAUGGACACAACUGCGACAAAGACAACUGAAGGUUGGACUUGAGAGGCUCCCUUCUCUCUCUUUCUCUCGCCACAUUUCUAUUUAUUUACCUUUUUUUCUUGGCAGACAGCCACUUUUGUGCCUUUAAAGCAGAGAAGGUUGAAUGCUGAAUCUAACAGAAGCAAUGGGAAUGAGAUCGAGGAUGUGCUUUACAAAUGUAUGACUAUUUUGGGAUACUUUUGUACAUCCUUGCUGUUAAAUACAGGAGCUCACAGCCAAUUUGGGGCGGGGGUGGGGGGUGGGGGUGCUUCAAAAAGCAUAAGAGAAAGACUUUUUUAAUACUUUGACAUUUAUUUUCUGAUGUUUGUUGUCAUUUUCAGCCCAAAGAUACACAUUUAACAAAUAAACAUCCACUUAAUCACCACAUUUGGUCAAGGAAUUAAUAAAAUGUAACGAAACUGUACUUCCAAUACUGUAAAAUAUUUUUAAAGGGUGGUGUCUUGAUUCAAAUGCAAAACAAUGCAAUGAUUUUAUUUUGAAUUGCAUUUGUUUUUGCUUUUUUUUUUUCCACUUUUAUGUUUUGAUUAUAUGAGUCCACAUGGUGGCGCCAGCUCCCUAAAUCCCACCAGACGCACCACUGCCCACCUGAUGGACAGGAAAAGCAUUACCUCAUCCCCUUCCUUUCAUUCCUCCAGGUAAAAAUAGACAGAUUAAGCCUUGGCUUUGAUGAGAGAAGCCUACAGAGGAGGUGUGGAAGCUGGUGAGAAAGCGAGAGAGAGACUAAAUGGAUCGUUCUGCUCCAAAUCCAAUUCCUAAUAGCU